GGAGGAGGGGCUGGGACCCUGACUCCUGGGUCUGAGGGAGGAGGGACUGGGGCUCCUAGAUUCCCGUGUCUGUGGGAGGAGAGGAGUGGCUGAGGGAGGAGGGGCUGGGGACAAACUUCCAGGUCCCUAGCCUUCCUGGCAACGCCCCCCGAGGCUGGACUUCCACGAUCCAGCUUCUAUUGAGGAUUUGAUGCGACGGCCUCACGGGGCUUUGGAGGUGAAAAAGGCCCAGGGUAGAGACAGAGAGAGAGAGAGCAGCGGACACGGGAUGGCUACGGGAACGCGCUAUGCCGGGAAGGUGGUGGUUGUGACCGGGGGCGGGCGCGGCAUCGGAGCUGGGAUCGUGCGCGCCUUCGUGGACAGCGGGGCCCAAGUGGUUAUCUGCGACAAGGAUGAGUCUGGGGGCCGGGCCCUGGAGCAGGAGCUCCCUGGAGCUGUCUUUAUCCUCUGUGAUGUGACUCAGGAAGAUGAUGUGAAGACCCUGGUUUCUGAGACCAUCCGCCGAUUUGGCCGCCUGGAUUGUGUUGUCAACAACGCUGGCCACCACCCACCCCCACAGAGGCCUGAGGAGACCUCUGCCCAGGGAUUCCGCCAGCUGCUGGAGCUGAACCUGCUGGGGACGUACACCUUGACCAAGGAAAGCCUGGGGAGGGCGCUGUUGAGUGUGAACUGCCCGGUGGACGUCCUGAUGGGAAUGGGCAGUGGGCAUGAGAUCGUGGAGGUGGGGCUCUGGAGAUAG